CGCGUUGUGUGGGUCUGUCGCUCUUGGCAGCUGUCGCGCGGUGCUGUGUGUGGGUGUGUGAGAGCGGCCCAGCCAGACCCCGUGGGGUGCGAAGAGGACCGACGUAGGAACGCGUGGGGCGCCCGCCAAUGUGUGUGUGGGGGGAAGGGAGGUAGCGAAAGGAAGACCGGAAGAGGAAGUACGCGCGUGUGGCGCGCUUGAAGAGGUUUCUUAUUUGCAUGGAUCACUGAUUGAGUAAUAGAUGGCUUUACCUCGGCUCACAGGAGCCUUGCGCUCUUUUUCAAAUGUCACUAAGCAAGAUAAUUAUAAUGAAGAAGUGGCGGACUUAAAGCUGAAGCGAUCCAAACUACACGAACAAGUCCUAGGUUUGGGCCUGACAUGGAAGAAGAUACUAACAUUUUUGAACGAGAAACUGGACAAGAGUGAAAUGCAACGUAUAAAUGAAGAUUUGAAGGAUAUAUUACAAGCUGCAAAACAAAUCGUUGGAACAGAUGAUGGCAAAGAAGCAAUUGAAAGUGGGGCUGCGUUUCUCUUUAUGACAUUUCACUUGACGGACUCUGUUGGCCACAUAGAGACAAAGGCUAUUAAACAGAUGUUUGGUCCAUUUCCAUCUUCAUCUGCCACUACAGCUUGUGAUGCUACUAAUCGAAUUAUCUCUCACUUUAGUCAAGAUGACCUGACUGCUUUUGUCCAGAUGACAGAAAACCAAUGUAGUGAUAGAGUAAUUUUUGGUAAAAACUUAGCAUUUUCAUUUGACAUGCAUGACUUGGACCACUUUGAUGAAUUGCCAAUAAAUGGUGAAACCCAGAAAACUAUAAGUCUGGACUACAAGAAGUUCCUAAAUGAACAUCUUCAGGAGCAUUGUCCCACAGAACUCAAGCCUGUCGAGAAAACAAAUGGUUCCUUUUUGUGGUGUGAAGUUGAAAAGUAUUUAAAUUCAACUUUGAAGGAAAUGACUGAAGCACCAAGAAUAGAAGAUCUGUGCUGUACCUUAUAUGAUAUGCUUGCUUCUGUUAGAAGUGGUGAUGAGCUUCAGGAUGAGCUGUUUGAAUUGCUGGGACCUGAAGGACUUGAUCUUAUUGAGAAACUUCUCCAGAACAGAAUCACUGUUGUGGAUCGCUUUCUUAAUUCUUCAAAUGAGCAUAAGCUCCAUGCUCUUCAAGAUAAUUGCAAAAAAAUUUUAGGAGAGAAUGCUAAACCUAAUUAUGGUUGCCAAGUCACUAUUCAAUCUGAACAAGAAAAGCAGUUAAUGAAACAGUAUCGCCGGGAAGAGAAAAGAAUUGCUAGACGGGAGAAAAAGGCUGGAGAAGAUGGAGAAGUGUCUGGGGAAGGACUUGUGCCCUUUGAUCCUAAGGAAUUGAGGAUACAUAGGGAACAGGCUCUUCUGAAUGCUAGAACUGUUCCAAUUCUGAGCAGACAGAGAGAUGCAGAUGUUGAAAAAAUCCAUUACCCCCAUGUUUAUGAUUCCCAGGCUGAAGCCAGAAAGACAUCAGCAUUCAUUGCCGGUGCCAAGAUGAUUUUACCAGAAGGAAUCCAAAGAGAGAAUAAUAAGCUUUAUGAAGAAGUAAAGAUUCCCUAUAGUGAACCAAUGCCAAUUGGAUUUGAAGAAAAGCCAGUUUAUAUUCAAGAUUUAGAUGAGAUUGGACAGUUAGCUUUUAAAGGAAUGAAGAGACUUAACCGAAUCCAGUCAAUAGUUUUUGAGACUGCUUACAACACCAAUGAAAACAUGCUGAUUUGUGCCCCUACUGGAGCUGGAAAGACCAACAUUGCAAUGCUUACAGUCUUGCAUGAAAUUCGCCAACAUUACCAAGAAGGCAUUAUAAAGAAGAAUGAAUUUAAGAUUGUAUAUGUUGCUCCAAUGAAAGCCUUGGCAGCUGAAAUGACAAAUUAUUUCAGCAUACGUCUAGAGCCACUGGGUAUCAUUGUAAAGGAACUGACUGGUGAUAUGCAGUUGUCAAAAAAUGAAAUUUUACGAACUCAGAUGCUUGUAACCACGCCAGAAAAGUGGGAUGUUGUAACCAGGAAGAGUGUUGGGGAUGUGGCGCUUUCCCAAAUUGUAAAACUCCUUAUUCUUGAUGAAGUUCAUUUGCUACAUGAAGACAGAGGGCCAGUCUUAGAAAGCAUAGUUGCACGCACUUUACGGCAGGUGGAAUCUACACAGAGUAUGAUAAGAAUUCUUGGACUGUCUGCAACCUUACCCAACUACCUCGAUGUUGCUACAUUUUUACAUGUUAACCCCUACAUUGGACUCUUCUACUUUGAUGGCCGUUUUCGACCAGUGCCUCUUGGACAGACAUUUUUGGGGAUUAAAAGUGCAAAUAAGAUGCAGCAGCUGAAUAACAUGGAUGAAGUGUGCUAUGAAAGUAUACUGAAGCAAGUAAAGGCAGGCCACCAGGUGAUGGUGUUUGUACAUGCUCGCAAUGCCACCGUAAGGACAGCAAUGUCUCUAAUAGAAAGAGCCAAAAACAGUGGACAGAUUUCCUGCUUUUUACCUAACCAAGGACCUGAGUAUGGACAUGCGGAAAAACAGGUGCAAAAGUCAAGAAAUAAGCAAGUCCGGGAGUUGUUCCCAGAUGGCUUUAGCAUUCAUCAUGCAGGGAUGCUUCGACAGGACAGAAAUUUGGUAGAAAACCUGUUUUCUAAUGGCCAUAUCAAAGUACUGGUCUGUACAGCUACAUUAGCCUGGGGUGUCAAUCUUCCUGCUCAUGCUGUGAUUAUUAAGGGAACACAAAUAUAUGCAGCAAAAAGAGGAUCCUUUGUUGACCUUGGAAUUUUAGAUGUCAUGCAGAUAUUUGGCCGAGCUGGACGACCACAAUUUGACAAAUUUGGGGAAGGAAUCAUUAUAACAACACAUGAUAAACUCAGCCAUUACCUCACCUUGCUCACUCAACAAAACCCAAUUGAAAGUCAGUUUCUGGAAAGCCUUGCAGAUAAUCUCAAUGCAGAGAUUGCUUUGGGAACAGUGACCAAUGUGGAAGAAGCAGUGAAGUGGAUAAGUUACACCUACCUUUAUGUACGGAUGAGAGCAAACCCAUUAGUCUAUGGCAUCAGUCACAAAGCUUACCAGAUUGACCCAACAUUAAGAAAGCAUCGAGAACAGUUGGUUAUUGAAGUUGGGCGAAAAUUGGACAAAGCACAGAUGAUUCGUUUUGAAGAACGAACUGGAUAUUUUUCCUCCACUGAUUUGGGGAGAACUGCCAGCCACUACUAUAUUAAAUACAGCACCAUUGAGACAUUUAAUGAACUCUUUGAUGCUCACAAAACAGAAGGUGAUAUUUUUGCUAUCGUCUCCAAAGCAGAAGAAUUUGAUCAAAUUAAGGUCAGAGAAGAAGAAAUAGAGGAGUUAGAUGCUUUAUUAAAUAAUUUCUGUGAACUCUCAGCUCCUGGAGGUGUAGAAAAUAGUUAUGGAAAAAUAAACAUCUUGCUUCAAACUUACAUCAGUCGAGGAGAAAUGGACAGUUUUUCCCUAAUAUCAGAUUCAGCAUAUGUUGCACAGAAUGCAGCUAGAAUUGUGCGUGCCCUUUUUGAAAUUGCUCUGAGGAAACGUUGGCCUACUAUGACCUACAGGCUCCUGAAUCUUAGUAAAGUCAUUGACAAGAGGCUUUGGGGUUGGGCUAGCCCUUUGAGACAAUUUUCUGUGUUACCACCACACAUUCUGACAAGAUUAGAAGAGAAAAACCUUACUGUGGAUAAGCUGAAAGACAUGAGGAAGGAUGAAAUAGGUCACAUUUUGCAUCACGUGAAUAUUGGACUGAAGGUCAAGCAGUGUGUCCAUCAGAUUCCGUCUGUUACAAUGGAGGCUUCCAUUCAACCCAUCACUCGUACUGUUCUUCGAGUGACACUCAGCAUCCACCCUGAUUUCACUUGGAAUGAUCAGGUCCACGGAACAGUAGGAGAGCCCUGGUGGAUUUGGGUAGAAGAUCCUACAAAUGACCAUAUUUAUCAUUCAGAGUAUUUUCUAGCUCUUAAAAAACAGGUCAUUAGUAAAGAACCUCAACUGCUGGUGUUUACAAUCCCUAUUUUUGAGCCUUUACCUUCUCAGUAUUACAUCCGUGCGGUAUCUGAUAGAUGGCUAGGAGCUGAGGCUGUUUGUAUCAUCAACUUUCAACAUCUGAUUCUACCAGAGAGACAUCCUCCCCAUACAGAAUUACUGGAUCUUCAGCCUUUACCAGUCACGGCAUUGGGAUGCAAAGCAUAUGAGGCCCUAUAUAACUUCAGCCACUUUAACCCAGUACAGACACAGAUAUUUCAUACACUGUAUCACACAGAUUGCAAUGUCCUCUUGGGAGCACCCACUGGCUCAGGAAAGACUGUUGCAGCUGAACUAGCCAUUUUCAGAGUCUUCAACCAGUAUCCCACUUCAAAGGCAGUAUAUAUUGCACCCCUAAAAGCCCUUGUACGUGAAAGAAUGGAUGACUGGAAAUUUAGGAUAGAAGAAAAACUGGGUAAAAAAGUUAUUGAACUAACAGGGGACGUGACUCCAGAUAUGAAGUCCAUUGCCCAGGCUGACCUCAUUGUUACUACACCUGAGAAGUGGGAUGGUGUCAGUAGGAGCUGGCAGAAUAGGAGCUAUGUCCAACAAGUUACUAUUCUCAUCAUAGAUGAGAUCCACCUGUUGGGGGAGGAAAGAGGUCCUGUUCUAGAGGUCAUCGUAUCUCGAGCAAAUUUCAUCUCAUCACACACAGAAAAACCUGUUAGAAUAGUUGGACUAUCUACUGCAUUAGCUAAUGCCAGAGACCUUGCUGACUGGCUCAACAUUAAGCAAAUGGGCUUGUUCAAUUUCCGACCAUCAGUUCGCCCAGUUCCACUAGAGGUUCACAUUCAGGGCUUCCCUGGUCAGCAUUACUGUCCACGCAUGGCUAGUAUGAACAAGCCUGCAUUUCAGGCAAUUAGAAGUCAUUCUCCAGCCAAACCUGUUUUGAUAUUUGUCUCAUCAAGACGUCAAACUCGACUCACUGCUUUAGAAUUGAUAGCCUUCCUGGCCACUGAGGAAGACCCAAAACAGUGGCUGAAUAUGGACGAACAGGAGAUGGAGAACAUCAUUGGAACGAUACGUGAUUCCAACCUCAAGCUGACACUGGCUUUCGGGAUAGGAAUGCACCAUGCUGGACUCCAUGAAAGGGAUCGCAAAACCGUUGAAGAACUUUUUGUGAACUGUAAAGUUCAGGUUCUUAUUGCUACAAGCACAUUAGCCUGGGGUGUAAACUUUCCAGCUCAUUUAGUAAUCAUUAAAGGAACAGAAUAUUAUGAUGGAAAAACAAAACGCUAUGUGGAUUUUCCCAUUACAGAUGUGCUCCAGAUGAUGGGACGAGCUGGGAGGCCUCAGUUUGAUGACCAAGGGAAAGCUGUAAUUCUUGUUCAUGACAUAAAAAAAGAUUUUUAUAAAAAAUUUCUUUAUGAGCCUUUUCCAGUAGAAUCAAGUUUAUUAGGAGUGCUUUCUGACCACUUAAAUGCAGAGAUUGCUGGGGGCACAAUAACAUCUAAGCAAGAUGCAAUGGAUUAUAUGACCUGGACUUACUUCUUCCGACGUCUUGUCAUGAACCCAAGCUACUACAAUUUGGGUGAUGUCAGCCAUGAUUCUGUGAACAAGUUCCUAUCCCAUCUGAUUGAGAAGUCACUAAUUGAAUUAGAGCUUUCCUACUGCAUUGAAAUUGGAGAGGAUAACCGGAGCAUUGAGCCUCUAACAUAUGGCCGCAUAGCCUCCUAUUACUAUUUGAAACACAAAACAGUGAAGAUGUUCAAGGACCGGUUAAAACCUGAAUGCAGUCCUGAAGAAUUGCUGUCAAUUCUGAGUGAUGCAGAAGAAUACACAGACCUGCCAGUGAGACACAAUGAAGACCAUAUGAACAGUGAACUGGCAAAAUGUCUUCCUAUUGAAUCAAAUCCUCACUCAUUUGACAGCCCUCACACCAAAGCACACCUGCUGCUACAGGCUCAUCUCAGCCGAGCAAUGCUUCCCUGCCCAGAUUAUGACACUGAUACAAAAACUGUCUUGGACCAAGCUCUCAGAGUUUGUCAGGCAAUGCUAGACGUGGCUGCACACCAGGGCUGGCUGGUGACCGCCCUGAAUAUUACCAACCUGGUGCAGAUGGUGAUCCAAGGCCGGUGGCUGAGAGACUCUUCCCUUCUUACACUACCAAACAUAGAACAGCACCAUCUUCACCUUUUCAGGAAAUGGAAGCCAACUGUGAAGAGCCCACAUGGUAGGUGCCGAACCUCCAUUGAGUGCCUUCCUGAAUUGAUCCAUGCUUGUGAUGGGAAAGACCAUGUGUUUAGCUGUAUAGUAGAAAAGGAGCUACAGGAAGCCAAAACAAAGCAGGCAUGGAAUUUCUUAUCUCGCUUGCCAGUGAUAAAUGUUGGCCUGAGUAUUAAAAGCUCAUGGGAUGGCUUAGCUGAAGGACAUGAUGAACUCUCCGUGUCAACACUGGCUGCCGAUGCACGUGAUGACAACAGGUGGAUCCAGUUGCAUGGGGAUCGGGAGUAUGUGCUUCAGGUCAGCCUGCAGAGAGUCCGCUUCGGCUUCCAUAAGGGAAAGCAAGAGAGCUAUGCAGUUACCCCUCGGUUUCCCAAAUCAAAAGAUGAAGGAUGGUUUCUGAUAUUAGGAGAAGUGGAUAAGAAAGAACUUAUUGCUUUAAAGCGAGUGGGAUACAUUCGAAAUCAUCAUGAUGUUUCUCUUUCUUUCUAUACACCUGAGACCCCUGGAAGAUACAUCUUCACCCUGUAUCUCAUGAGUGACUGCUACCUUGGUCUAGACCAGCAAUAUGACAUUUAUCUCAAUGUCACCCAAGCAAGCAUUUCCACACAGGUCAACACUGAGGUCUCUGAUGCCUUCACUGACCUGGCAGUAAAGUAACCUACCCAUGCAGGCCACUGGAAAGGAGAGUUUAGCUGUCAGUCAUGUAGACAAAGUUGAAUUAUUUGAUGCUGCCUUGGCAGAAUCAACUUCUAACCUCAACACACCUGGAAAAUUGACAGUGGCUGCUGUAUUGUCUCCAGCAGCACCAAGUUAGCCACAGUGGCCUUUUAGUUAGUACUGCCUUUAUAAGGUCUUCAUGAUUCCCUUACAUGUAUGAAGAAGCAGUGGCAUAAUCUUUUAACUGAUGUAUACUGGAGGGUAUUCUUAGGAGUUAUCAAAUUCCACAUCUCACAAUGUACUGUUUCUAUGAAUACUGGCUAUUUUUCUUCCUUUAAGGAAAAACUACAUUUUUCUUUAAAAAAUGGCGUGUGACAGCAUUGGGAUAGCUUUGCAGCAUAAAAGACAUUACAGGUGAUAUGUAAUAUGUCCUGUUAGAAAAAUUUAUAUGUUGCUCAUAAUAAAAGUUUCAAGAAUGUCUUAUAAAUGUUAAUAUAUGAUAUACAAUUAUAUUACAGAGAUCAGUGAUCAUAACAAGGAAAAUAAUAUGUUGAUCUUGGACAAUAUGGACACUAUGACUGGUGGAAAUAAAGUAUAUACCAUACUGCUUCACCACAA